UUGACAAACUUUUUAGGCAACUUUUUGACCCCGAGUGUCAAUCCAAAGUCGGCUUUUUCUUUUCUUCAGGCAUUUCGUUUUGCUAGAUACACAAAAUCUUUUUGGAUUAGUUUGAUCUUCUACCUAAAAAUUGUUUCUGAAUAUAUAAUUUGGUAAUCAAACAUUAGAUUUCUUACGAAGGAUUUCCUGCUGUGAGGUUUGGAUAGGGGUUACAGAUACACUUUCUAGUGUUUGGAACACUUCUCACUACUCUACGCCCACUUUUAUUAUAGUAGUCGUACUUUUCGUAUUCCUUUAGCCUUUUGCGGUUUAUCAAAAUUGGAGAUUGGAGUUCAUCCUAAUCUAAGAUAUUGAAGUUAACCAUGGAGGAAACUAUAAACCAGACGCCACAAUUCCAAUGGAAGAAUGCAAUAGCAGAAUUAAGCACAACGGAUUUCUCGUCAAACCAGGUAAUUAACAACUAAUGCGAGUAACCCUAUCUGGGCCUUCAUCGAUGGCGAGAAGAAAGCCAAGGAGUCUGAUCAAACACUGGUUAAGGUUUGGCAAAUCCAUGAUGGAGAGAUGACGGUGGUGGAACGCCUGGGAGAAUUCAUAUCCAACAGGGCCUACAUUGUGUUCGGAACAGUGAAGCAUGAGUAUUCAGGGGACCCGAUUCGUAACAUCCAUAUAUGGGUGUCCAAGAAAACGAAAUCCCGGGACUACGUUGCCGCCAUGAAGCUGGCGAUGAUUGACUCUAGACUAGAUGAUAAUGAAUACGCUAAAUUUCACGUGCAGUUUCAUCGGGAGAUUGCGCAACACGAGUCCGACCUUUUCCACUCUUAUUUCACUCAAGUGAAAAUCCUCAAGGAAGAGGGAGGAAUCAAGAAGCGACUCUUCCAGUUCCACGCAGAAAAGCCCGUCUCCGACCCGAACUCGCGAAAGGAGAAAUACUUCAAGAAGAAAUGGAUGGUGGAACAAGAAUUCCUCCGUGGAAGCUUGUGUUCUGAUGAUGUGUUUCUAGUCAUUGAUCCGGACCACUUUAAAGUUUAUCAGUGGAAUGGAAGAUUAAGCAACGAAGGGGAGAAAAAAGAGGCAGCACGCAUUGCCAAUGUUGUCGCCGCGGAGUGGAAGGAGUUGCAGGACAGCCAGUCAAAGUCAAAGCCCUCGUCACGAAUUACCAUCUUGAAGUUAGAGGAGAUUCACCCGCCAGGAAAAGAUCACGGGAUGUAUGCGCUUUUUCCAGCGAUGGGCAGCAAAAGAAAAGAGAAACGAACUGUUGUUGAUUGCCCGCUAAAAAAGCUGUACAGGCUGGUCGAUGGCGGAAAGCUGCUUGGGAGUGCGGUAGAGGAGCGGAAGGUUUGCAAGUCCUCCCUGACACAUGACAAUGUGUUUUUACUGGAUACGCGUACACAGCUUUUUGUCUGGAUCAGCCAGGAAUUGAACACAGCUCCCAUCCGCUAUAAAGUCAUGCUUCAGGCUGAGGAAUUUCUCAAGAUGGAAUAUAAUCAAGAGCAGAGUUAUGCCCUGCCGGAUUUCCUCAAGGUUGAUAACCCCCAGAACAAAGCCUCGGAUGAUUUCCAUCACCCUAGCAACAAGCCAAUCACCCUGGUUCCAGAGAAUGAUGACGUCAAGUACCUCAGCUUUGACAAGGCGUUCCAGGGCUGAGCCCGCGCUACAAGGUGGCGGCUAGCGUACAGCGCGCCUCUCAUAACGCAGUUUAGGCAGUUUAGGAUUGUAGUCUAGUUUCAAACAGAAAAAGUUAUGUGUUUGCUAGGAAUAAAGAGUGCUGCAUAGCCUGUGUUGUUAUUCAUUUUAGUAGGGGGAAACUCGACCCAACUGUUUGAUAUGGUUGUCAACUUGAAUAUUGAAAAAGUUACACGUAGUUUCGCGUUCGGUUAAAUUGAUGUUAUCAUAUAACGCUUCACAAUAAUUUUCUGCGAUAAAACAACAUUUACUACUUCUUGAGAUUUUUUAAUAGCAGCAUCCACUUCAUACAACACACAACACACUUAGCGCGAAGAUUUUUCCAGUACUGUCAUUUGUAAAAUUGCUUGUUUAGAGUCACAAAUAAAGCUAAUAUUAUGUCA